AUGCCGGGUCUAACGGGCUUCACUGAUAAUCCGCUGCGCACACGCGACGAUGUCUUCAAAGCAGCUCUUGCGCUGCUUCAGCCUUUGGCAAAGUACGCCUCUCCAGACUGCGCGCGAAUUCGCCUCCCAGUCGACACGGGUGCACACUUUGAUGAGUCGGCAGCGCAGCUGGAAGGCUUUGCACGUCCCCUCUGGGCUGUUGGCCCCUUGCUUUCGACCUUGGAUGCGGCGGAUUCUGAAUCGAGGGAAGAAAAGCCCUGGCGGUCACAUCUACAGCCAUGGAUCACCGGCCUGCGUGCGGGGACCGACCCAGGGCACCUGGAGUACUGGGGUACCAUUGGAAAUGGCGACCAGCGAAUGGUGGAGGCGGAGAUGGUCUCAUUUGCACUUCUCUCAGCCCCUGAAACGCUAUUUCAGAGCCAGGAUGAGAGGGUACAGGCUAACAUCACGAUCUGGCUCCGUGGUAUGAAUGGCAAGGACAUGCCGCCUACUAAUUGGCGCUGGUUCCGGGUGUUUGCCAACCUCGCGUUGGUCCAAGUUUGUCGAGUGCCGCUCUCCGACGUUAUCAAAGAGCUAGACUUGGACUUGGCAAUACUGGACUCAUUCUAUAUCGGAGACGGUUGGUCUGGUGACGGCGAAUGGCAAACCGAAGAACAAGAAGAAGAUAUGAAGCGGUUGAACCUCUCCGCAGGGAGAAGGGACGGCAUUGGAAUUGGAAGACAGGUCGAUUACUACUCCGGAAGCUUCGCCAUCCAGUUCAGCCAGCUGCUAUUCUGCAAAUACGGUGCAGUUAUCUAUCCAGAAAGGGCAGAGCGCUACAGAACACAGGCUAGAGAUUUCGGAGCCUCCUUCUGGAGAUACUUUGAUGCAGCAGGUUCUGCAAUACCAUUUGGGCGCUCGCUCACAUACAGAUUUGCUUGUGGCGGGUAUUUCGCAGCCCUGGCCGUGGCCAAAGUCCAGGAUAUGCCCGAGCCUUUAGCAACACCCGGCGCGGUCAAGGGUUUCCUCUUACGUCAUCUCCGAUGGUGGGCUGGGCACUCGGAGUCUAUUUUCUAUCCUGAUGGAACAAUGAACAUAGGAUGGCUGUAUCCAAACAUGUACAUGUGUGAGGAUUACAAUUCACCGCAGUCUGUCUACUGGUCUCUCAAGGCGCUGAUUGUCCUGUCACUCUCGGAUGCGGACGAGUUCUGGAGCGCCACCGAAGAGGCGUACCCUCCUCUCAGCGGCCCGAUCCUAGUGCCUUCCCCAAGACAACUCAUCUGCAAUCACCCGGAGGGCAAUCAUCACUUCAUGUUAUCGCCGGCACAGUUCGUUGCAUGGCCCAUGAAGGCUACGCAAGCCAAGUACUGCAAGUUUGCCUACUCAUCAUCUUUCCCAUUCUCUGUGCCUACUGGACCCCUGAUCCAGCAGAUCGCUCCCGAUAAUACUUUGGCCCUUAGCCGGGACGGAUGCGAAACCUGGGCGGUGAAAUGGAAGUGUAGAGAGGCCGUGUUUUCUACGCUUAAGCUUUCGACUGCGGGUGGCACAGAGGACGUCGCUGCCGCCACAGUCCGGUGGUACCCAUGGGGUGACGAAGCCGUGCAAGUAGAUACGACUCUCAUACCUGUGACUGACUGCUGGCCCGACUGGCAUAUUCGAAUCCAUAAGAUACGGGUCCUCACUUCGAUACCUACAUUGCACACUGUGGAAGGCGGGUUUGCCUGCCCAGGACGACGCAAGUCUGAUGGAGGAGCGCUACCCUUGACCAGCACACUGACGGAUCGUGUUGCUCUCGGAGACAGUGAACUAAUUCUCCCAGAGGACAGUGCACUCCUUAUCCUGUCGCAUGCUGGUGGUAGUGGCAUCGUCGCACAACGUCCUGACGUUCCGGAGGUUGCGGUCAGUUGUUCCCCUUUGAAACCCGACUCAAACACAAACCUUGCCUAUCAACGAAGUUUGAUACCGGUGGUAAUGCACGAUAUGGCCAGACGACUAGAGCCUGGUUUUGAGAUUGUUCUGGCGACCUACGUCUUCGCCGUGUCGGCUACAGCCAAUGGACGAACCUCAGGAAACCCAAGUAUUGGCAGGCGAUGGGCAUCAAGGCCGAACAUCGUGGACAUCAAGGAUGACAAAUUCAUAAGAUUCAGUAACGCCUAG